AUGAAAGCACACAGCAGAAUAGCAGGUCUUUUUGUUGGGCUUUUGGCUGUGUCAGCACACCCGACUGUCGUAGAUCAGGAUGAGCUUAAGCAGUGCAUGGAAGAUCUUUCCAUUUACUUCACUGAAGAGUUAUCUGCUCCGCGCGCAGAAGCCUUUUGCGCGGAAAGCACCUUACAGCCCGGAGAAAAAUUGCCAAUGCCCGCACCAAAGAAAAAGGGCAAUCCCAGCAUAAAAAAAGCGCAGGAUGGCUUGCAGGCGCUGAAAAAGAGUCUGAAAGAUGCCCGCACGGGCUUGGGCAAUGUCCUAAAGGCUUACCAAUCCUAUAUAGAAGCGCCAGAAAACGAAGCUCCAUACAUAAUAUCUAGCAAGGACAACGAGCACAGCGCCAUCCAAGAAGACUACUACAACAAGAGCUUCCAGAAUGCGAUUGUGGAAAACAUGGUAAAUGAACUAGUGAUCGAAAGGCAGAUAAAUAUUAUAAAAGGAUUGGAGUGCGAAGAGCCUAUGAAAAUUCUUUCCAAACUAAAGAACAGGCAGCACACCCUUGAGGGCGGAAAGCUGGGUUUUGACACUGCUGAUUAUGCAAUGCAAAUGUACAACGAAGUCAUUGUGAUCCCGGCUACAUGCAUAAAAACAAUAACAAAAGCAAUUGCCUCGCCUUUUUUCAAAAUCACCACAGCGAAUACCGCGAUCAAGACUUUUUCCUUCAUUAUCGAUUCUGUUUUUAGAAAGCUGGACUACUCAAAAAUCAGAAUAGCAAAAAACCCGUACAAUGACCUGGUGUGCGAGGCUGUGAACAAACUUAGCCUGUUUGUAGCACAGGAGGAGGAGCUUUUGAGCGGAUGGGCCCAAGUAAAGGACGCAGAGCUGCUGAUCAGAAACUUUAAAGCUGUCAAAAAGGCCACUGACGUUCUAAAGAAAGUGUGUCUGGACUACAGGAUCGACAUAUUCGACAAGUACAACAUCACAAAAAGAGAAGGCGAGGAGAUCUUUCUCAGUGUGGGGAAAUCCAACUCCGUGCCAAUAGAUGAUGGAUCAAACUCUCAAGGAAACCACAUUGUCAACUGCCUGAAAAAAACUCACGAAGUCGAUCUUGUUCGCCUGUUUUUAGCGCUAACGAACUACAAGAAAUGCCUGGAUGCGUGUAUUUCCAAAAUUGAGAGCGCAGCCACGGGCCCAAAGGGCGAGCAAGAAAGGCUGGAGGUGCUUAAUGAAAUAAAGCUGAAGGCCAAGUACCGGCACUGCAUGCUUUUUCAGUCGCUGCAGAGAAAUGCAGAUGAGGAAUUGGAGUCUGGCGCAUUGCAUGCGGAGACCAUAAAGAAAAUUGUUGAAAAAAUCGGAAGGAUUGGAAAAAUAGACAAGAAAACCACAUAUGUAGGCUUCUUGUCCCACAGCACAAUAACCAGCAAAAUACACAAAAUAGUCACGGCAGCGCACGCGCACUCUGGCUUGCUGCGGUAUUACCCAGUGGACAAGAUUCUGCUGGCUGAAAUGAGAAGCAAAUCAAUGAAAAACUGGGUCGAAGAAGUACAGGCGCACAUGGAUAAGAAGAAGAACAUAGAAAGUAUCACGGAAAUUUAUUCUGGGGCCAUGUGCAAAGAGCGCUUGAAGGGAAUUGAUGUAAUGCCUAUGCUCCAGGUGGCCUCCAACAUUAAAAGCCAGCUGAACAAUUUGCUUGCCAAAAAAAGCAAUAUAGCUAUAAGCCCGGCCCCCAAACGGUAUAUAGAUGACGCAGUCAAAACUCUAGACAAAAUAUGCGGCUUGCUAAAAAAACAUGCUGAAAAUGAGGAUUUGAACUACCAGACUAUAAGAAAAAUCAUAGUGGACAUAUUCCCCAUAUACAAAAGAAUAAUCAGCAUGCUGUGCAUUGAAAAAUUUGACUUGCGAAACACCCUUCUGCUAAAGGAGCUAUACUAUCUGAAAAAGCUAGAAGGGCUGCAGACCGUUUCUCUUGAGCACAAAAUACUAAACACCGUGUUUGAGUAG